AGCAAUAUAAUUAGCUACAAUCGCAAUAAAUAUAGUUAUAGUGUUUUAACAGCUGUUUAAAACUUGAAAACAAUGGAUUCUGAAUUUUCCGAGGACGAUGUCCAACCUCUUAUUCAAUACGAGAAUAAUAGAGAUUUAUAUUUGGAACUCACUGCACAGAAAAUCAAUACUGAUCCUGAAUUUGUACAGGUGGUAUACGGUUAUCGCAAAAGUCGAUGGCGGACGGUUCUCACAUAUACACUAUCCUGCAUAUUCAUCGGGCUACCUUUCCUGGUCUUCCACUGGCUUCCCACCUGGCUGCUGUAUGCUACCUGCGUCAGGUGUUCCUUCCAGAUAGCUGACAGAGUUCUUGUUGUUGAAACAUAUCAAAAGAAAUGCAAAAGUUACUACAUUCAUUUAAUAUUACACAAAGAUAUUGCAGAUACAAGUGGUCUUCUGAACGAAGGGUUUGACGAUGAUGGCACCAAAGAGAAGGGCCCCAUUGAAAGUGCUGACGCUAUACAUACACCCAUACAUUUAGACGACGGAUCCACACUAAACGUACAAAACUACAGAUACUUCCGUCACAAGAAACAGUCGCUAAUAUGGGACGGUGCGCGGGCGCAGUGGUCGCGACUGGCCGGCAUCGAGGCCGGAGCCACCUGUGCCCAACUACAGGCCAUGGGCGCUACCCCGCCUUCCAGCGAGCGACGGGUCAGGAUGUUAAACAUCUACGGCCUAAACGAGAUAAAAGUGCCGGUCCAAUCAGUGAUGACGCUGAUUAUUCUGGAAGUUUUCAACCCUUUCUACGUGUUCCAACUGUUCACGAUAGCUGUUUGGCUGGCCGAACCGUAUUACUAUUACUGCAUAGCCGUGGUUCUGAUGUCGACUUUUGGUGUGGCCACUUCUGUUAUACAGACUAAGAAGAAUCAAACAAAUCUCCGCGCGACAGUAGAAGCCCACGACACAGUAGAGCUAUGGGACGGCAGACGCGUGGACAGCCGCUGUGUGUCCCCCGGGGACAUCAUAGUGCUGCCCCCUAGGGGGUGUGUGCUGCACUUCGAUGCUGCACUACUGUCGGGGGCUGCGGUGUUGAAUGAGAGCAUGCUUACUGGUGAAUCAGUGCCAGUAACAAAGACUGCGUUACUCCGAGUUGAUCGUCCGUUUGACCUGAAGGAGCAUGCUUCCUCGGUACUGUUUUGCGGCACUCGAGUAAUUCAGACGCGGUACUACAACAAUGAGCCUGUCAAGGCUCUAGUGCUCCGCACUGGGUACAGCACGAGCAAGGGACAGCUGGUUCGCAGCAUCUUAUACCCGGUGCCAGCCGACUUCAAGUUCGACCGUGACUCCUACAAGUUCAUCAUCAUACUGGCUUGCAUCGCUGUACUGGGGCUAGCUUAUACUGUCGCUCUUAAGGCCUACCGUUCACUGCGACCAGGCGACAUAGCAAUAAAAGCCUUAGACAUAAUCACGAUAGUAAUACCGCCCGCUCUGCCGGCCGCUAUGACAGUGGGUCGGCUGUACGCCGUCGCUCGGCUGAAGCGAGGCCGCAUCGCUUGUCUCAACACUAGAGCUGUUAAUGUUAGCGGCUCCAUAGACUGUGUGUGCUUUGAUAAGACGGGAACUCUAACAGAAGACGGUCUAGACAUGUGGGGUAUAGUCGCAGUGAGCGGAGCCACGAGCCCCCCUCGUCUCGGCAGACCCCAGCGAGACCCCCGACAGCUCAACGAGUUGCACCCCCUUAAAAUGGGAAUGGCGACCUGUCAUAGUCUCACGUUGUUGGACGGCGAGCUGGCUGGAGAUCCUCUGGAUUUGAAGAUGUUCGAGUCAACAGGCUGGGUGUUAGAGGAACCGGAUAUUCCUGAAUCUUCUAACUACGAGAUACUGACUCCUACCAUCGUCAAGCCGAGGAAAACUGCUAAUAUUGACGUCGAUGAUAUUCAUCUACCUCUAGAAGUGGGUAUAGUGCAACAGCAUCAGUUCGUAUCAUCUUUACAACGAUCGUCAGUAGUGACAAGAGUUUUGGGAGAAGAUGUCUUGAGAGUUUACACUAAAGGAGCCCCUGAGAUGCUGAGGAAGUUGUGUUUACCUGAAACUGUGCCGGAUAACUUGUACGAGGUUCUGAACUCGUACGCGGAGAAGGGGUACCGGGUGAUCGCGGUGGCUACCCGCGUCAUGGAGACUACCUUCAAGCAGCUGCAGAAGAUGACCAGGGAAGAGGUGGAGCGCGACCUCGAGUUCCUGGGCCUGGUCAUCAUGGAGAACCGGCUGAAGGCAGCCACCACCGGCAUCAUACGAGAACUCAAAGAGGCCAACAUUCACGUCGUUAUGAUUACCGGUGACAAUGUCCUAACAGCUGUCAGUGUAGCGAAGGAAUGUGGUAUCCUGAUGGGCGAGGAACGCGUGGUCACCCUAAUGGCUGACACCAGCGGGACUGUCCCCGUUAUAUACUGCGAGAGCACGUUGCAUGGGGCAUCAGUAGGGCGUCGCUUCCCUCUAGACCGCGAAUGGCGCAGCGUGGACAGUGGGCGCGGCUCGUGGCGCUCGGCGUCCGCGUCCGCCGACCGCUCCGGACACUCCGCCUUAACCGGACAGGCCCCGGACGGGCUCUAUGAUGCUGAGAGUGGGGGGAACGAGCCGAGGUACAAGAUUGUUAUGACUGGUGAUACUUGGAAGGUACUUCGCGAGCACUAUCCAAACGUAUUAUCCCGCGUAGUAGCCCGGGGUGCCGUGUUCGCGCGCAUGACGUCCGACCAGAAACAACAGCUCAUUGUCGAGUACCAGGCUUUAGGGUACUAUGUCGGCAUGUGCGGCGACGGCGCCAACGAUUGCGGAGCCCUACGCGCCGCUCACACCGGCAUCUCCCUCUCCGAGCUCGAGUCCAGCGUCGCAGCACCCUUCACUUCCGCUCAUCCUGACAUCGUCUGCGUCUCCCGGGUGCUCCGCGAAGGCCGAGCAGCCCUAUCCACGUCCUUCGGAGUCUUCAAAUUCAUGGUAGCCUACUCCCUAUCAGAAUUCUUCUCUGUAGCCUUCCUUUACUAUUUCGAUUCAAAUCUCACUGACUUCCAAUUCUUAUUUAUAGAUGUCGUCCUAAUAGUGAACUUUGCAUUCUUUUUUGGUAUGACUGAAGCUUAUACGGGUAAAUUAUGUAAGACACCACAUUUGACGUCUUUACUAGGUCUGAUACCUCUCUUUUCGUUGUUGGGUCAAAUGUUUCUGAUUGGUCUAGGACAGUAUUUGAGUUAUUAUGCCUUAUCUUUAUUCCCGUGGUAUGAAAGGCAUACCUAUGAAGGUGAUGAGGCAAACGAAUGUUGGGAAAACUAUGCAGUGUUCUGUAUUUCUAUGUUCCAAUAUAUUAUUUUGGCUUUAGUUUUCAGUCACGGGUCGCCUUAUAGAAAGUCUGUGCUAACAAAUAAACAGCUAAUGAUCAGUAUAUUAACAAUGACAUGUAUUUGCGUGUACAUAACCGUUUGGCCGGCGGAUUGGAUCGCUCGAUUCCUACAACUUAGAAUGCCGAAAGAUACGUUACUAUCCUACAUAAUACUGGCUUUAGCUUCAUUCCAGCUGCUCAUAGCUCUAUUUUUCGAAAGAAUAAUAAUAGAGUACUUGAUGGAAGGCAAACAGAUGAUUCCUAAGUUCCUAAAAGAGAAGAGAGUGAGAAAAACUCCAUAUUUGAUGAUCAAACGUCAAUUGACAGAUAUGGAUUAUUUGGACUGCGACAGUAUUGUUAAAUAUGAUAAGGAGACGAGCGAUUCCGCAUUCGAUUCUUCUGGUAAAUGUAGCUGAAAUAUACUUUUCUUUAGUUUAAAGGACUCGAUAUUUAUGGUAGUCAAAUGUGAUGUUUUCUUACCAAAUUGAUCUUAGCAACAACGCGUUAAUUCUGAGCGUUGGGAAACUAUAACUACAUUUGAGUAGGCACUAACUUUUUACAACAGACUUUUUAUAUAAAAAAAAAUACUGCUAAAAAUCAAUUAUAUUAUUCUCAAUUUCUUCAAUAGAAUCACUAUGUUAAGAUGUAGUUUAUUUGUUUUAUAUGUAUUUUUGUGAUAAGUUAUAUCAAGAUACUUUUACCUUUUGUUACCUUUACCUUUUGUUACCAAGUUAUCUUUUGUUAAGUGCCUACUCGAAUAAGUAUAGAAAAACUUAGAAUUUUUAGGUCAAAAGUUUUACAAAGUAUAAUUUGUAUAUAGGAAUAGAAUCAUCUCAGCUUGUAGCAGAAUUGGUGUUUAGAAACUAUUAUAAAACAUAUCGAUAUUAUGAACUUUCAAUGCAAUCAGUAUGAUAGAUCAAUUUUAUUAUAAUAAUAUUUUAGUUUUGUAUGUGAAUAAAAUUGUGAAAGCCGAUCCCAAAGGGUAUUUUUAUAAUUAUGAUUCUUAUGAUAUUAAAUCAAUCAUUUUUUAUCGAUAUAUCGAUACAAUUUUAGUGAUGUUACUCUCUGUUGAACAAUGUUUAAUUGCUACUGUAAGCAUUUUUUUGUCUUUUAUUAAACUUAAUCGUAAGUUGAAUAUGAAAUUAAACUAAAAGCACGAUAUAUUAAGCACGAUAUUUUAAAAGAUAUGUAAAUAAAUUGUUUGAGAUAUAAUCAAAUCACCAAAGUGCCUUUUUGUGGUUUUAAAACAAUUUUAAACAUUAACAGUCGUACCACAAAAACUUUUAAACGUCUAUUGAACACUUGUCUAAAAAAUGUUCGAUUAAGACGUUGAAAUAUUGUCCGUUUUGCAGCCACCCUUUUUUUAGACAGGAUGUUUAACAGAUGUUUUCAGUUUUUGUAGGAAGGCCAUUAAUAUAUUAUGAAUUAAGUUAAAACUAUAUUUUUAAGUAUAUCGUAAAAAAUGCAGCGUAUCUCAAAUCUAUGGUGCUGUGAAUAUUGUGUUCACAAAACGCAUUUUUUUAUGCACACACAAAUGCAAUUAUAUGCAUUUUUUUACUGUUUACAGUAUUUCUUUACCUUGCCAAGCUUAUUUUGAAAUUAAGCGAAAUAUUUUAUGUCUUUUUACUUCUUUUUACAUUUCUUAUUUAAGUGUCAAUUAUUUGUAUGUAUGUAUAGUGGUACCGUAUGUUUUGUGCAGUUUACAGCUGUCAGUUUUUCAAAAGAAAAUACCGUGGUUUAUAUUAAAAAACGUUCGGUAUAUACACAAAUUAAUUUUUGAUUCUUUAUGUAAAGUCUCAUUUAUAUAUUAAAUUAUAUAUUUUUCUUAAUGAUUUUGUGUCUUCACGAUUUUAUGUCUUCACGAUUUUAUUUCUUAAGUAGUGUAAAUUAAUUUAUAAGCACAAUGUGAUAACAAAAUAGUAUGUGCCUUACUAAUGUAGGUAAAACAUUCCGAUUAUUUGGUAUAAUCAUCGGCACGAGUCUUGAGCGCUGACCUUCACCUGCGCAGAAGUAAUUUAUUGGGUCCCUUUUGUGGUAUGAAGUGAGGCGCGGGGGCAGGCUAAAGCGGUGAUUGGCCCGCAGUGCAUCGCGUCAUAGCCGUCACUCGGGAUUGGUUCUUUGCUAAUAAAUCACUUCUCAGGUCAGCGCUCAAGAUUCGUGCCGAUGAUUCUACUUUAAGUACCAAAAUCUUAGGUAAUAAGAUAAAAAUGAAUGCAAGUGAGGUUAAGUUACCAAUAAUUGUUGAUUUUCAAUUGAAUAUGUCAAGUUUAUAUUUACAAAAGAAAUAUUAUGAUGUUAAGAGAUGUGAGUUCACCGUAAGUUCGUGCACUUUAUAAAUAAAAUGAAAUAUUUAAUUUGUACUAAAAUUAUGUGCGUGACAAAUAUAAGUGAUGAUAAUUCUGUUAUUUGUACAUCUUGUUACGAGACACGUAAAUUUUAAAUAAUUGUGAAUUUAAUGUGAAUAAGUAUAGAUAUCAAAUAUAUGAAUCAAAAAGAGAUAUUCGCAGUUAGUGUUAGAUUAUAUGUACCGUCGAAUGUACGCGAGAAUGUUUUCAAUAAACCAUUUCUAUUUA